GUCAACCAUGGUCAGAACGGUGAGAGGCAGCGAACAGCAGAGGUCUAACGUUAGCACAGCUACUCAUUAGGACAGAGAGACUGUACUGUGAAGACAUUUUGCUGUGAACAUUUCUGAAAGCAAAUGUUAACCUUCGGAUAGUACAGUUUGCUAGAUUGUCUAGCGUUCCAGAAGCUAGCUUUCAGUCUACUAACAGGUGUUCUGCGGUGGAAAUAGCAAAAAUGUCGUCUCCAAGUCCGGGUAAAAGGCGAAUGGAUACCGAUGUGGUGAAACUCAUUGAGAGCAAACAUGAAGUCACCAUCCUCAGUGGACUCAAUGAAUUUGUAGUGAAGUUUUUUGGACCACAGGGAACACCAUAUGAGGGGGGCGUGUGGAAGGUGCGAGUAGAUCUUCCUGAUAAAUACCCUUUCAAAUCGCCAUCAAUAGGAUUCAUGAACAAGAUUUUUCAUCCCAACAUUGAUGAAGCGUCAGGGACAGUGUGCUUAGAUGUCAUCAACCAGACAUGGACAGCCCUCUAUGAUCUGACCAACAUCUUUGAGUCGUUCCUGCCCCAGCUGCUGGCCUACCCAAACCCCAUUGACCCACUGAAUGGAGACGCAGCUGCCAUGUACCUUCACCGGCCAGAAGAGUACAAGCAGAAAAUCAAAGAGUACAUCCAGAAAUAUGCAACAGAGGAGGCUCUAAAAGAGCAGGAAGAGGGGGCAGGAGACUCUUCGUCCGAAAGCUCAAUGUCUGAUUUCUCAGAAGACGAGGCCCAGGAUAUGGAGUUGUAGUGAUUGGAGGGCUCCCCCAUCCUGCCUCCUCCUUUAAGCCCCACAGAGACUAUAUUUGAUUUCCUAACCAUGAAAAAGCAGACUUAUAUUAUUCAUAUUUAAACAAGUUGAUUUUUUUUAUUAUUAUUAUUAUUAUUACUAAACAAGGAUUUUUAUGGAUAUCUAACCCUUGGUGUGUUUGACAGACACCCCUUCGAUUCUGUAGCUGUUUCCCCCUACACACACACACACGUCGCGAUUGCUUUCACAAUCUCUUCAUUUUUUAAGGUGUGUCACGUAGUCAUAACCAGACCAGUUCCUCAUUUCUGUAUUCAUAUUUAGUUUUUAAGUAUUUAUAAGAAUCCAGUUUGACCUGAAACCUAGACUCCUAUUUCUUUGUUUAUAUCACUUCACUCUGACCAACAUUUUAGUCAUUGCUCCACAAGAGAGCCACUUAGGCCUUGCUGUCCUCGGGGCAGAGCCCUUCAAUAUCAGUCUAUUAGAGCAGACAGUAUUUUUCAAAGGUGCAAAAACAUACAAGUAUCCUGGCACACUUUACAUUAAUAAUAAAGAAAUGAUCAGUCUGAAGGCCAUCUUUGCUGUUACUCAACUUUUGUUACACUUUGUCGUCCUGCUACAGCUGCCUGUCUGUAUUUGCCACUGUGCAGCGUAAAAUAAAUACCUAACAACAAUGUCAGGUUUGUGAGGAAAUAAAGAUAACUACAACUUAAGUCAAAAAGACAUGUUUGGAGGGCUUUGGAUAUUGAUAUACAGAAAAAGCUGUACUGUGUAUACUGAAUUGUUGAGUAUUAUAGGAAUGAAGGCUGUAGUGGAGAUCCUGGUCAGACUCACUUGAUGUGAUGGGAACUGAAAAUAGACCAGAGUUACCCUUUAACUACAGACCAUGUGACCUGGUGUUCAGUUCAAACACAUUAACACCAACAUUUCAUGAGCAGAGUGCCACUGGUUUACAGUUAACUGAAUCCUUAAUAUUAAAACAUCUUUUUUUUUCUACAAUCCAUUUUCUUGUGCAACACUCUUUUGAGUUACUUUGAAUGUAGGAAAAGUUAGUUUUAACUCUAGUAAAAGCAACCAAAACGGUCACGUGGUUACAGAGUGGAUCUGAGUGGAAGUAAACAGUGAUUUGAGGAUCUAGAUUCAGGUUGAUGUAGUUGUGGUCCUACUCACAUUCCACUCUUCCCUGCAGUUUGCUCCAAUGCAUGUCCUGUAUACUGGUCCAACCUGUGGUAUGUACCUCGACGGCACCGUCGUUACUCAUACACUUAGAGUAUAUUUACCUAUUAGGGUAACUACUUUGAUAACACGUUAGAAGAUUACUAGGGAGGACCCAAUAUAUGAUAUUUAGGCCCAUAGGAUUUUUAUUUAGGGGAAUUGACUUCACGUGUACAUCAACUUCUUACUUAAAGAAGAAACUAAGAAAACCCAGGCAUCCUUCAUUGUUGGUUCAAUGUGGUGGAUUAAGAUGUAAAUCCAUGAUGAAUGGAAAGAGAUUGCAAUCGUAGCUUUGAUUUUUGGCUCUUUUUUUUCCCUCUGCUUUAUUUCUUGUACUUUUCACUUUUUGCCGAUGGGGGGGCAGCACGUUUGCUUUUUUUUUUUUUUUUUUUUGUGUGUGUACAGCAUCUACCUUGUACAGUGAUUUAAAAAAAAACAAAAAAAAAAAACAAAGGACUCUCAGUAGCCUCAUGAGAACUCAGUGUAGAGCCUAAAACACUGACGGUGUAUUUUGCCUGGCUAAUGUGGCAGUCAAACUACCUAGACAACCUUGAAAUGUAUUCACUUCAGUGAUUGCAGUAAGAAUGACCAGUUGCUUUGUGGCAGAUUGUGGAUCCUGAGUGGGAGAUUCAAGGCUGAGUCAUACUUGGAUCACCUUAUCACCUAAUAACCCCCUUUUCUGUGCCUCAUCACAUAAAGAAGGUGACCAUUGAAUAAGUCCCUGAAACCAUUAUUCCAAAAAGCCAUUAUGAUAAAAUAAAAUUUAAAAAAAGCAGUAAGCACAUUGUUUUUACUCAACCUACUUUUCCUCUCCCCUUCCUGCAAUUUGAUCUUGUGCGAUUUAUGAUAUAACAUCUACCUUUUCCUGAACAUCACUCUUUUGCAGGUUUGGUGGAUUACCCAGGGCUGAGUGGCAUUGGGUGUAUUUGAGCUAAUGUAGGUUUGUUAGACUUUUAUGGCUCAGGUUUGAAAUACAGGAGUUUGGUUGUAUCUUGCAUAGUGAUUAACAUUUUCACACGGAGAGUACUGAUGGGAUUAGAAUCAUGCUAAUAUUCGUUGAACUGUGAUUUUUUGACAUGUCAGGAUAGUUAGUUUCACUGGGUGGUGACUUCAACUAAACAACAUAUGCUAUAUCGCUGUUUUACAGAUAGAGUUAGCUAGUUUGGUAUACGUAUCCGAUAAAGCAUUCACUGCUCAUCUGAGUUUUAGUUAGUGUCUGUUGUGUGGUUAUACGUAAGAUACUCCAUAGACAUGCCUGCUUGUCCUCCUCUUGCAGAUUCAGAGUUGUACAGAUCAGUGUGAAUGAUUUCAAACUAGGGUGACCUUUGACCUGUAGUGAGCCUGAUAGAUCUAACUGUACAGAAAUCAAAAGUGUGGUUCAGCCUGUUUUAAGAGAUUGGGUUUUCUCCAAAGUCAUAAUUUAAUAAGACAUUUGAUAACAGGUUUAGGUUGAAAACAUAUCUUUGGUUUGUUUUAUUUAUCAAAGGAGUUUGGCUGUUUAAAGCUAUGGGAUCAUUGUUUUCUCAUCCAACCUAUAAGAGGUUUUGGAUGUCAGCUCAGGGUUCGAGCAGGAUGAACCCAUUUUAACUGAAGCAAAGGUAAUUUUGCAAUGGUAGAUAUGUCCUCAUAUGAAGACUCCAAGUCUCACAAUUGGCUCACAGUUCCUCCAUGCUAAGCUGCUGAUACAGCUGUAUUUCUUCAAGAAAGAGAACUGCUACUUUGUUUUUAUCGAAGUCAUUUAAGCGCCGCUGUUAUGAUUCAGAUGAAUUACUACUCUGAGAUUUUGAGAGAUUUUUUCUUUGUUUUAAUUCAAAUUAGAAUACUUGUUUAAUUUUACAUUUCUGCAUUAUUGUAAUCGAGCGCUGAAAAUAUGGUAUGUCCAAGUAAAGAAUUGUAAAAUAAAAAAUUAGCAUGAUUAUGCAGUGGUGCAGCAGGGAACCAAUGAUAUUUUUGUCUCUUUCAAAACCAGGAUUUUGGGUAAAAUUCUAGGUUUGGUGUUAAGCAUUGUGAAUCUGCUGGGCAAUAAAUGGAUGAUCUUCUCAGCUGUGGCCUGGUGGUAAACAUAACAACCAGCUGAUCUUCACAGUAGUCUCGCUUGUUCCUGUUCUCUCUGAUCCGACUCAUUAUUCAAUGUCAAGUCAAAAAAAAUGCUGCCUUUGUGUUUCAGGUUAAAUUCAUGAACUAAAGGAUAUCGCCUCAAACCAGUGAAUGAUCGUACUUCCAACUGCAACUUGAAUUCUAAACAAUUUUUGAGUAUUGAAAAAUGUUUAUGGUUAAUGUCCUUAUGGCUUUCACCCCUCCUCUUCUUUUUCUGCUCAAAGACCACAGGCUCAGGUCAAAUGAAAAAAAAAAAUUAACAUCCCACAGUUUUAAACAGUGAUUUCAAAGAAGUGUAACCCCCAUGAUGGGAUUGAUGGAGCCUCAUGAUUGUGACUGCAGACCUGCAGAGAAGUGUCCAGCUCAGAGCCAUAGCCCCAUAACUCCUAUAAUGUAUCCACACACUCCCCUCACACUCUGCUGGAUAUAAUAAGGAGGAAGGGCCUCUACUAACUGAAUGGACAAGUUAGAUCUUAAACAUAGACAGGAUAUCCAGGGCCCAUUCUUCGUUUUAUCAGCACAGCUGCAGACAGCCAGCACCUUGAUCCUGUAGUAUCACCUCCCCCCAUGUGUUGACUUGAUCUUCUCGUGCACUUGCAUGCUUCUGGUGUGGAGUCGAGGCUGGCUCGGUGCACACUUCCCAUUCUGUCUCAGCCCUGCACUGGCCAACUGCCGCCGUCAGGGUAUUUGGCAGGCACACACAGCAUGGAAAAUGGCAGGUUUUUGUAAUAGAAACUAUGUAUUUGGUACUUAGUGUGUGAUACUUGAGGGUUAAAAAGUCAAAAAGUUUAUUUUCUGUUUUCAAAAGUCCAUCCUCUGUCUUAUUUUUAUCACCCCCUUUGCCCUCCUCCUCUUGUUUUUUCUUUGCAUUGUGAAGUGGGCAUGCUUGUCAAAAAGGACAAAUGCUCUCUAUUAAUAGGCUUAUAACCUCAUAAAUAGUUGUGUAUAAAAUAAACUGUUAUAACUUCUUUUUUAAUAAAACAUUCAAUGUGUAUAAAUGGU